AUGUCGUCAGGACCCAACACACACCCUGCAAAUGAUAUGAGCACCCGCAAGAGCAUGGCCGUCUCGAGCACACGAGUGGGUGAUUCUGGUGCAGUUGCCGUGGGCGACAUAGAUUCGGCCACGGGAACCGCGUCCAGCCAACUUCUUCGCUUUCAAAACUCUCCGCCUCAGAGCGAUCCAUGGCAUCCGAAUCGGGCUGAUCGAAGACACCUCCAUCAUCUUAUCACCAAGGUCGACGGCAUCAUGUCCGUAAUCGAUGGUUUGGGCACCGGGUGUUGA